CAUUAUGGAAAGAAACUAUUAUAAAUAUGGGAGUCUCUUGGGUAUUUGCAACCCAAAAUAGUUAGCUUUCUAUCAUUCAUUGUCUUUCAUGGCCACCAUAGACUUUCAUCUCCUUCCCAUCUUUGCUUUAUUUUGUGUGAUGGUAUCAGGAAGUAAAGCUUCUCUACCUGCAGAAGAUUACUGGCAUUCUCAAGAACUCCUAAAACUCUUGCACCCUGCAGUUGCAUUGGGAGGUGCCGAUGGAACAAAAGCUAAAGCAUUAGCAGUUUGCCACUUAGAUACUUCAAGUUGGAACCCUAGGUACUUGGCCUUUUUAAUGCUUAAAAUCAAACAUGGAGAAGGAACUAUUUGCCACUUUAUUAAAAGUAACACGCUUGUCUGGUCAUCUAAUUAAAUACCUGAAAACCCUCUAGUAAUGUGGAUCUCUUGGCUAAUGAUUCAAGUUACAGAUGCUUGUAUUGUCUAAUGUUGUCAAUAUUCCACUGUUUAUUGCAUGUUUUGUAGCUUUGUACUACUUUAUAAUAAUAAAUAACAGUUUGCUUAGUGUUAAUAAAAAUGUGUAUGCCUUUUUAUUAGUUUGGGUUUAUUAUUAACAUAUG